GGAGAAUCCCUGGACCAGAAAGCCUCCCCAGCACCUGUCCCCCGCCGGGACGAGGCCGCUGCCGUUGCCCCCACUGGAAACCUUGGAGGCAGAGCUCAGUUCCCCCAAAAUUAUAAAAGCAGGAAAACUCAAGACAAAGAAAUCCAAUAAGGCUAGUGAUUUCAGCGAUAUGGCAAAUUGGCCAACACCAAGUGAAUUAGUGAACACUGAAUGUCAGAGUGUCAUCAGUCAAGGAAAUAAGAAGCCACAAAAUAGAAAAGAAAGAGAAGACAAGGUUGAAAAGAGAAGUGUUAACAAUGAAAGUAGAGAAAACCGGGAAACAAAAUUAGAUGGUCCUGGUGAAAAUGUCAGUGAGGAUGAGGCUCAGUUAAGUAACCAACAAAAAAGAGCUAAUAAGCACAGAUGGGUACCACUCCACUUAGAAGAUGUAAGACCAGAGAGUCAAGAAAGACCAGGGUCCCAGAAUAGCUCAAGAUGUCAAUCUGAAGCAAAUAAAUCAUCACAAAACAAUAGGAGAAAUGACACACGAAGUUGGAGGCGUGAAAAAGAAAAGAGAGAAGAUCAAGAUGAAGUUUCCGGUGUGAGAAGUGAGGGUGGUAAUAUCCGAGGUUCCUUUAGAGGCCGAGGAAGAGGCCGAGGAUGAGGAAGAGGCCGGGGCAGAGGAAAUCCAAUUGAGUAUUACUUCAGUAUAGAAAAUUUGGAACGGGAUUUCUUUCUUAGGAGAAAGAUGGACGAGCAAGGUUUCUUGCCUAUUUCCCUGAUUGCUGGUUUCCACCGUGAGUGGGAAAGUUAA